GGAAAUAAACGCUUGAACAUUAUGGACUGAGGAGAAGGCUUGGAGAAAGACGGGAAGAAGUGCGUAACACACGGACAACUAAAACCACGUCUAAUAACUGGUUUUGUGGCUAUUUGUUUGGGCAGAAAUGGAUUCGAAAAGUUUCCUCCUGCUUCUGGUGUUUGCCUGCACUGCCACUGCUGCGUUCAAGAACAACAGCGUGGGUGCGAGGAGUUUUGCCUACACAAACCAUUUAGUCACAGAUGAACCUCUAGACCUGGAUUACCUUUUAGGAGAAGGAGCUGCCAAAAUGAAUCAUUCUGAAGGUGGAGGCAUGCGUAAUAAAACCUAUACCCUCAUGCAGAAUAUCUCAGAAGAGGCCCUGCUGUUUCUCACGGGGCCUGUGUCCACUAUCCUCAUACCUUCUUGCUACACACUGGUCUGCCUCAUCAGUGUGCCCAUCAACAUCUGCGCAGUGAUGGCCUUCGCUCAGAGGAUCCGGCCUAAGAAACCAGCAGCCAUCUACAUGCUGAACCUGGCUUGUGCUGACCUGAUCUUUGCCCUGCUGCUGCCAUUCAAGAUCUCUUACCACUUUGCUGGUAACAACUGGAUAUUCGGCCCCAUCAUGUGCCGUGUGGUGACCGCAGCGUUUUAUUGGAACAUGUACAGCUCUGUUCUGCUCGUAACCUGCAUCAGUGUGGACCGGCUUCUCGCUGUGGUUUAUCCUAUAGACUCUCUGGUCUGGAGGAGACCAAGAAAUGCAAUCAUAGCAUGUGUCACCAUGUGGAUACUGUCCUUUGCUGGGUCUGUGCCUCUCGUUCUCUCCAACCAGACUGUUUACUUAAAUCAGUUGGACAUCACAACCUGCCAUGAUGUUCAGCUGUUAGAUGAUCUAAAGUGGCACUAUAAGAUUUACUUCAUCACCAUCUGCUCUGUCCUCUUCUUCCUGCCUCUGCUCAUCACUGUGGUGUCCUACACUCGUGUGAUCUGGGCGCUUAGCAGAGUCCCUCACGGCGUGCCAGGACGUUCACGCAGAAAGACGAGGGCAGUGGUGAUGGCUUUAACAGUGCUUGUGAUGUUUGUGCUGUGUUUCAUGCCUACAAACACUGCCCUCCUGGUGCACUACCUGCAGUUCAAUGAGGGAGUCCAAAACAGCGAAGAGGCCCCGAAUGGCUCCUACGCCCUGUAUCUUGUGUUUUUGUGUCUGGGGAGUCUCAACUGCUGUCUGGAUCCCAUGGUCUACUACUUCGGGUCGUCUCAGUGCCAGAGACAACUAUCCAGUGUGCUGAGAUGUGAGAAGAGUUUAGUCUCUAGCAUCAGUCAUUCCUCAAGUGAUUCAUACAGAUCCAACAGCCGGACUGUCCUGAAAAGCAGCUGCCGCACAGAAAGCACCAAAAUAAACCCUCCAGUCUCUGAAAAUGACUCUUUCCAAACAAACCUCAACAGCCAGUACAAGAAACUACUGGUCUGACAGACUUGAUUAACAUGUACUGUGAUUUUACAGCUAUAAAACAAGAUAUAUUUUAUUAUGAAAUAAUAGUAAUAGCAAAUAAACAUACAUAGGUGCUUUAAAGUGAGUCUGUGGGGAUGACCUAUGUAUUCAUACUUAAUGAUUGGAUGGAAUGAAGGAAAUUUAAGCUCUCAAGUCAACGAAAACAUUACAUUAAGCUAAAUUCCCCACAUAAACUCUUUAUUAUGCAGCAACAAAUGUACCAUGUCGAAUAGUCAUUGGAAUGAAGCAAAAGCAUGAGAAGGAAGUGGAAACUACAUGAGAAUGUUUUUACUUCUACAGAUAUUAUGCUGAUCACAGUGUUAUAUGUUUGCACUGCUUGUAUAAGCACUUAUGAGUUCAUAGGCCUUUGUAUGUGAAUCUGUUACACAUUUAAUGGAAGGAGAGUUCUACUAUUUUGUCAUUUGUUCUAUAUUUUUUGUUUGUGUAUAAAUGUAUUUUUAAGCAGUUGUUUAUAAAUUGCGAAUGUGUCUUAGUUUGAGCUUCUUUUUUUUUUCAAUAUGCACCUUUUUUUAUCACUCUGUAUUAUAGUAAAACAAAUUUUAAGCGAUUCUAUGAUGUGCUGUAGAAAAUAAUCGUCCACUCUAGCAUUGUUAGAUUCAUACUGCUCCCUGCUGGUGGGAAAUGUGCAGUGAAUGUUUAUUGAGUCUGGCAUUUUAUAUCCACUCUCCAUUAUACUGUAUUUUCUCCUCCACCAGGUUGUGCUACAUUACUGUUUAAGUACAAAAGCCACUUCUUAGACUGUGAAGGAACAGUAAUAAAAUGAGUGAAGAAGUCAGCAACUGACUGUCCCAAGUUCAGCCAUUUAUUCCACCCAUAAAAAUUUUAUGACCUUACUGCUGGCCAGGAGGGAAUGAACAGCACCUAUUAUUAAAUCUCUUUUAAAAUGAUCUGGUGAAGUAUUUCUUGACUAAUUUAUCAAAGAUUUUCUGUCAUUUUUUAAAGUUUUCAUUCCAAACACAAUACAUGUUUUAUAAAUAUCUAUCAUAGACAUGUGUUCAUGACACUUUUUUUUUUUGAGCAAUUCACUUUUUUAAAACAUCAUACCAUUGUGACAUACCUAUAAUAAAAAUGAGUAGAUAGAAUUCGUGCACAUGUUCCUGAUAAUUCUAUACUACUAUUUUUGUUUCAUUGUAUCAUGUCACCUUAAACAAGUAGACCUGCAGUUAAGAAGAAAUAUAUCUCUAUAUAAUAGAUGUCAUGGAAAUGUAAUGGAAAUGUAUGUAUGUGUGGAAAUGAAUAAAUCCUAAUAAAUUCCAAUUUUGGCUGA